UGUCGUUGUCUUUCCGAAAACACACACAGGAAGCGGAAGAAGCGACAUUUGAACACUGAUACCAAUAUCAAAGAAACAUUGGACUCGGUAUGUUCGCAAUCUGAAUAGACUGAAGGAGAAGAGGAGGGGGGAAGCCGCCGGUGUGUGAGUCCCGCCAGUCGUCCGACGACUGGAUUGGCUUCGUGUUUACGUAAAACGUCGCCAGAUACGGGAUCCUGGGCCCAGGAGAAAAGGGAGUGGAGGACAUCAUGGAUAUGGGAGGAGAUUAUGGCAGACAAGACCCUGCCAUGGAAGCAGGCGGAGGCAGCGAAGGAGGAUCAACGACGACUCGGGUUCACAACCACGACGUAAGCCUGAGAGGCGUAAGCCCAAAAAUAUGGAGGGGGCACACGGAGUGGUCAGCGGAGCCGAGGGGUGAACCAGAGCCAGUCAGGGAGUGGAUUGAUGAACUCGACGAAAGAUUCCGGAGAGAGGUGUGGGCGUUGAGAGCACUGCAGAGCGGGUGUGCUGAGGAGCGUGACACCAGUCAUAUGCACCAGUUUCAAGCAUCUGGCCUCCAGUGUGCCUCCUCUGUCCGGUAUGCCCUGUGUCUCCUCCAUGCACUCGCCCUGAGGUGUGUGUCACCGUUCCGGUACAAUGUGUGCCGGUUCUACGUACCGUGUCUCCAGUGCGUCUUCACAGGCGUCCUGUGCCAGCGCCUCGCAUUUGCAGGGCUAAAGUGAGCAUCCAGCCUGGACGGGUUGUGCCAGCUCUACGCUCCUGACCUCCAGUGCGCCUCCAUGGUCCAGUAUAUCCUGUGCCAGCUCCUUGCACCCAGCCUCCUGUGCGUGUCUCCAGCCUGGUACGUCCUGUGCCUGCUCCACGCACAAAGCCUCCAGUGAUGAUCCAUGGCCCAAAGCCUCCAGUGAUGAUCCAUGGCCCAGAGCCUCCAGGAUUGAUCCAUGGCCCGAAACCUCCAGUGAUGAUCCAUGGCCCGGAGCCUCCAGUGAUGAUCCAUGGCCCAGAGCCUCCAGAGACGAUCCAGGGUCCGGAGUCUCCAGUGACAGUCUGCAGUCCAGAGUCUCCAGUGACAUUCGGCAGUCCAGAGCCUCCGGCGACGGUCUGCGGUCCAGAGCUUCCGGCGAUGGUGUGCGGUCUAGAGCCUCCGGCGACGGUCUGCGGUCCAGAGCCUCCUGCAACGGUGUGCGGUCUAGAGCCUCCGGCGACGGUCUGCGGUCCAGAGCCUCCGGCGAUAGUCGGCGGUCCAGUUCCUCUGGCGACGAACCACGGUCUGGUUUGUCUAGUGACGAUCCACGGUCUGGUUACUCCGGCGACGAUCUAUGGUCCGGAGUCCCUGGCGACGAUCUACGGUCCGGUUCCUCUGGCAACAGUCCAUGGUCCGGUCCACAGAAGCGGAGGGAUCAGCGAGCAGAGCGGGGUCUACGUCCCGAACCGGAGCCGCCACUGAGGCUCGAUGCCCAACCGGACCCUCCCCCAUGGAGUCAGGUUUUGCAGCCAGAGUCCACACCUUUGGUACUGUCACGCCCUGACCUUAAACAUACUUUUUAUUUCUCUAUUUGGUUAGGUCGUGGUGU